AUGGGCCAGACAGCCUCGGCAGGGGGCGGCGGCAGCAGCACCCACACCCCGCAGGCCCUGUACCCUGACCUGUCUUGUCCCGAGGGCUUGUAGGAGCUGCUCUCGGCUCCCCCUCCUGACCUGGGGGCCCAACGGCGCCACGGCUGGAACCCCAAGGACUGCUCAGAGAACAUCGAGGUCACGGAAGGGGGGUUGUGCUUUGAACGGCGGCCCGUGGCCCAGAGCACUGAUGGGGCCCGGGGUAAGAGGGGCUACUCGAGGGGCUUGCACGCCUGGGAGAUCAGCUGGCCCCGGGAGCAGAGGGUGGGCGUGGCCAAGGCCCUCACGCCGCUGCAGGCUGACCACUAUGCGGCGCUGCUGGGCAGCAACAGCGAGUCGUGGGGCUGGGACCGUGGGCGCGGGAAGCUGUACCAUCAGAGCAAGGGGCCCGAGGCCCCCCGGUAUCCAGCCGGACCUCAGGGUGAGCAGCUGGAGGUGCCGGAGAGGUCGCUGGUGGUUCUGGAUAUGGAGGAGGGAGCUCUGGGCUACGCUAUUGGGGGCACCUACUUGGGGCCGGCCUUCCGCGGACUGAAGGGCAGGACCCUUUAUCCAGCAGUAAGCGCUGUCUGGGGCCAGUGCCAGGUCCGCAUCAGCUACCCGGGCGAAAGGAGAGCCGAGCCACACUCCCUUCUGCACCUGAGCCGCCUGUGUGUGCGCCACGCCCUGGGGGAUAGGCGGCUAGGGCACGUUUCUGCUCUGCCCUUGCCCCCCCCCCCCCCCCCCCCCCCCCCCCCCAUUGCGCUGGGGCCUUGA